AGAGAAAACGUGUAUGCCCGCUCUGAGCCCCGAGACAAAGGGUCAGUCAUGGGAAGAGCAGCUCGUUACAGCUUGCUGUCGUUUCUACUUCUUACCUGUUUCUACAGCCAUAACGCAUAUGAAAUUCAGAUUACAAAACUGACCAAAGAGAGCCGUUGCUGGAGAACCUUUCACCUACAAUGUGGUGAUGUGGCAUACUGGUCCGUUCUCUGAAACGCUGAACGUUGUGAAUUCUAGCAGUACAGAUCCAUCUAGCAAGACGUUGUGCUCGAUCCCAUUCACACACCCUUCAAGGCUAACUUGCCAAAGCUAUCCUGGAUUUAAGUGCGUAUGUUUGUACACUGCAAAUCAGUUCAGACUCGAAAUCAAUGUGUCAAAAGUAGCGGUUAAUAUGUACAAUCGACGGACGUGGAAUUUCAACUUCAUCAAGAAGGGUUACAAUGAAAAUAUGGACAUUGGCGUUAUCUAUCCCUUUGAACUCAGCCUCAGGUUCAAGAAAACAAUAAGGGAAUCGGCCCCUGCUGUGAUAUCGUGUCUUGCCGCGUCCAAGUCAACGCCCACCAACCUGACCAUCUACUGGAUGCGGCAGUAUUGGGGGGAUCAGUUCAUUCAGGAGCGAGGGGUGAAGAGUAACUGGAAACUAGAUCUCCGUCUAGACAGAGCCAGCUACGAGGAUGCCGGGAGAUAUGAGUGCGCCGCCAGCUCGGGGGAGGAGGCGUCAGACGGAAGUGUCAACCAUACUGUCACCGAGGAGGUGAUCGUUCAAGCUGCGCCCCGGGCUGACUACGCCCGCAACACUGUAUUUGCUCUGCAAGGAGAAAGUGUUGUCCUCACUGCCAAGUUCCUCAACACUUCUGACGUCAUGGUGCACUGGUCACGUGACGGACGAACCCUCCAAGGGCAACAACCUGGCUUGGAAACUGAAGAGAGGGUGUACCGCGUGUACGGCAAGAAUGUGACGUCACGGGGUAUUCGGACACGGCUUCACGUGAAGGCUGAUGACGAUACGCUCGGUCCGUAUGACGUCACGGCAUGCUCACGAGGUGGCUGCGCAGCUACAACCAUUAUCCUUACGGAGAAACCACGAAUUGAACCGCCAUCUGCCCCCGUCAACUUCCGCAUUGCCGCUCCCCUCCCUACUGGAGCAUUAUUAAGUUGGGAGUCGGGACUCAAUGAGAGCCAGGACCAAUGGCAAAAGUUUAUGUUCUUCGUGACCUUCAGAAGGUCUGGUUUGUCAUCAGAGGAGAACUGGAACUUCCGGCCCGUGAAAAGUGUUUGUCCUCGACUACCGGUAUACUAUCUGCUCACGGACCUGCGCACUGAUACAGGAUAUGACGUCAGAGUUCAAAGUGUUGCUACGGCUGAUGGAAAGGUCAACAACAGCCCUUUCACAGAGGAACUUCAUAUACAGUUCCAAGAAUCCAAAGAGCAUUUAAAGGGUGUUGGGAUCGGGCUGGCAGUGGGCGUGGGCGUGUCCAUGAUCGGGAUGCUGAUAGUCAUUGGAUUGAAGAGAGCACGAAGAAGCCAGAGGUCUGUUAAAGGAACCGAACAGAAAAGUGAUUUACGCAAGGGUGGCGAUUCUGCAGUCGAUGACAAUAAAGAUCCAACAAACCAUUCUGGGAACAAGAAAGAUCCUGCUCACCAUUAUGGGAAACGGCCUACCGCUAAGAAGGGACGCAUUCCAAAGGGGGUCCCUCCCCCGCCCCCAGGAAGAGGAACCACGCCCAACAAUACCUAUGAUGCACUGACGGACACCCAACAAGAAGAGUAUAAAGGCCUCGAGAUAUACCAGAAUAGUUAAACACAGAAAUGUUGAUUGCUGUUCAUAUGCCACAGUGAGAUUUCGCUGUAUUACUUCACUGACACUAAGGGCGGUGGGGUAGCCUUGUGGUUAAAGCGUUCGUUCGUCACGCCGAAGACCCGGGUUUGAUUCCCCACAUGGGUACAGUGUGUGAAGCCCAUUUCUGGUUUCCCUCGCUGUGCUUUGGCUAGAAAAUUACUGAAAGCGGCGUAAAACCCAACUCAUUCUCUUGUAAAGCACUCUCUUUAUUGAAUACUGACACCAGCUGUUUUAAGAUCGCACAUUCAUGUGUAACUUAAAUGUAAUUGACAAUAAAUAUCUCUUCCUACUUUUCUGUCCAGCCAACAUUGCAUUAAGACUUAAAUAUCUAUUGUUUGAAAUUCUAUUUUUUUCCCAAUAUACUAAAAUAUAUGUCUUUGUUAUCAUCCCAAAAUGUAGAUAUUUCCUUGAAUACUGCCAAAUGUUUGUUCUAUGCAUUCGAAAAAAGGAAAUUAAAUUUGAGUAUAUAGAUCAUUAUAUAUUAUAUCAUUAUAUGUCAUGUCUGCACAGAUUAGGUGUUUUUGUACUCAAAAACCCAUGUCCUCACAGUAUUGGAAAUAAAGAUUUUAAGAUCGCA